AUGUCGUUCCUGAGAAUACCAAAUCCUGUCUUCUUUCUACCUAUAUUAGGGUGUCUAACAUACCCAGCCUUUGGGGAGCAAGCGUGCGAAGCAUCUUCAUUCCAGGAUUUGAAGCUAUACGGCGGUCAAAUUCUCAACAUCACAACAAAAACACACGUCAACCUGUCAUUCGAAGCUCCCGCUGAGCAAAAUCAUUACGCUGUCACUGUGAACGGCCUGAACGCUUGCGAAGUCACUAUUACAUACACACAUCCCGGAUAUAAUGACACCAUCAAUACCGUCAUCUGGCUGCCUUCUACUGAAAACUGGACUGGAAGGCUUCUAGGCGCUGGUGGUGGGGGUUGGGCGACAGGACCUGAAACUAAUACCACGCUUCUAUGGGCAGCUAGCGAGGGGUUUGUUGCCAUUGCGACAGAUGGAGGUCACAUCGGUAAUGACAUAAGCUGGUCGCUCGUCAGUCCUGGCAAUAUCAAUUGGGUAUUGUUGGAAGAUCUAUCUUCGGUUGCGCUAGAUGAUCUCGCCACGCUUGGAAAGGCGGUCGCGCAUUCCUACUACGGUAGAGUACCAAGCUACAGUUACUGGAAUGGAUGUUCCCAGGGUGGCAGGCAAGGUUAUAUGAUGGCUCAAAGGUAUCCAAAUCAAUAUGACGGUAUCCUGGCAACUGCUCCAGCCAUAUACUGGAACGAGUUGAUGAUGCAACUCAUCUGGCCGCAGGUUGUCAUGAAUGAGAAUGGAUUUCCAUCCCCACAGGAGUUCGAGGCUAUAAAUGUUGCUGCCACCGAAGCCUGCGAUGGGCUAGAUGGACUAAAGGAUGGCAUUAUCUCGUUACCCCAAGAAUGCACUUUUGACCCAAUGACCGUUGUUGGCAGACAAUACAUUUGUCCGUCUACGAACCAGAGCAUGACGAUCACAACCAUGGUAGCCACGGUAGCCAAGAUGAUAUGGCAGGGUGCUACGACAACCGAAGGCCAUUUUCUUUGGUACGCUGGCAACAUCGGCGCCACAUUUGCUGGCCUCGCUUCAACAACGUGUAAGAGCAACAAUACAUGUGUCGGUGUACCGUUUGUCGUACCCCAGACAUGGAUUACCGACUUUGUUCUGCGGGAUCGUGAGUACGAUACUGGAGGACUCAAUAUCUCGUAUUUCGAAGAGCUCUUCUACCAAGCUGUGGACCGUUAUGAUUCCAUCAUCGGAACGGCGAACUCGAACCUCGAUGGAUUUCGCAAAGCGGGUGGCAAGCUUCUCUCAUGGCACGGACUUGCUGAUCAGGCCAUCGCGCCUGACGCGACUGCGCAUUACGCGCAGCAGGUCAACGAGCGUGAUGCGAAUGCUAGCGAUUACUAUCGAUACUUCGAGGCGCCAGGUGUCGAUCAUUGCGGCGGUGGACUGGGCUGGUAUCCUGGAGACGGUCUUAAGGCUCUCAUUGACUGGGUAGAGAAGGGUGUGGCACCCGACACGCUUCAGGCGGAGACAACAAUGGGCAGGAAGGCGGAACUUUGCUUAUGGCCGAAGCACAUGGUAUAUGUUGCUGGAAGUCCCAAUGAGGCAGCAUCGUUCGUAUGUCAAUAG